AUAUGGGGUUGGGGUGGGAUUGUGGGAAGGGUAGAAAUAGAAUUUUCUUCUGCUCAGAAAAUUUUUUUAUGAUCCAUUCUCACUCUCACUGCCUUCUGCCUUGAUUUUUGAGAAAACAGCGUGGUCGCGUGGUUGGUGUCGUAAAUUUGAAAUGUAUCCAAAAAAUCUACAAAAUGAUUUGUCUACAUGCAUUUUCUACUCUUAAAAUGUCGUGAUUGCACACCUCUAUCACCUAUCACUGUUUACCCACUGUGUAGAGCCAUGGUACCGAUUUGGAGAUAUCCUCUUGCUGUAACUUGGUUGCAGCCCUGAUUGCAGUCUUUUUUUAUCUGCAAUUUAGGUAUUGAGGCUUGUUACUCCAGGGCUUUGACCUCGAUUUCGUAUUUGAGCAAGUUAAGGAUUACUCCCAUGUGAUGCAUCAUAAUUAAUGCAGGUUGAUGUAACUAUGGUACUACACACUACUCGAGCUCCAGUCUGGAAAGUGGUAUCUGUAAGCUGCGUUACGUCGAAAGUUCAGGGUUCCCAACUUGGAAAGAUGUGGUGUCUAACCGACUACUUGAAAAAUGUGACUGAAACUUCAUGUUGGAUGUAUAAUUGAAUCGCAGUCUAAAAAGACGUGACCGAAAUCUUUGCAAUUGCCCUAGUGUUAUCAUUUGCAACAGCCGUCAUACUCCAAGCUCUUUCUCCUACAAUGCCUUGUGGCUUUUAUGGCGAUGAAAACGGGAGUCUAGCAACAACUGUGAUUGUAUAGGCCUGCGUGAUUUGAUACUAGGAAGUGUCCGGAAGGUGAGAAAGAAGACAAGUGAAACGCGACAUUUGACUCUCUACGCUUUGUGUGUCAACUUGCAAUUGAACACGUAGAAAGUGGGAAGAGGUUAAACGAAACAAAACGACGAUGAAAGGCAAUAAAAAUCUGCGGGAGAAAGAUCGGUAAUCAAUGUAAAAUUGAACGCAGCUGGAGAUUUCCUAUAAAAUGUGACGGAUGGAGGAGGAAGGACAUCACUUGCAGUCAUUGCUUCAUCAGUUGAAGUAUCUCAAUCACAUCUGCUCGCUUCUGUUUUAACUUCAAGGCUCAGCGUUUUUUUUUCCAACAGUUACUCAAAUUUUGGGUCCCGAAUUUCGAACACUAAAAAGAUCAAGGAAAAUGCGUUUCACUCUGUCGAUUCUUAUGCUGAUCUGCUUGGUAUCAGCCGUACAUUUUCAGCCGAGCAGCAGUAGCAACACUCGGACAUCCGGUUUCAAAUUGAAAAAUCUUUUUGAUGGACAUCACGGCAAACAUUUUGGCGGAACAGACGUCAUAUCUUCAAGGAAAUUUGGUCUGGGCAUCAAAGCUGUUCUCCUCAAGCCGCUCCUUCUGGUGGCCCUAGCGAAAAUCAAGCUCGCUCUUCUAUUUGGCAAACCUUUGGUCUUGUUGACCCUUAAAAAGCUUUUACUUGACGUCGUUCUUGGCAAACUGUUGCUCAAGAUUCCUCUGAUUCUGCUCGGCGGCAAAGCUUUGAUAGCCAAGGUGCUGGCCCUUAAGUUUGCGUUGAUCGCCAAAGGAUUGAUCGGCUUGAAAGCCCCGCUCGUCCUGCUCUUCCUCGGUGGUUUCCUGAAAGGCGCUCUAAAAGGAACAGGUUUGGGAUUGGCGAUUGCCGGAGGUUUGCUGAAGCUGAAUGACCAUGGUUCCAGCGCUGAAGAUGAAUACGACGAACACUACUACGCCCUUCCAGCACCUCCUCCUCCUUCAUACGGCGCUCCUUCCUAUUACAGCGCACCUGCUUCCUAUUACAGCGCACCUGCUUCCUAUUCCAGCGCUCCCGCUCCUGUUUACUCAUCACCCGAUCCAUUGUACUCGCAAAGUUAUGAUGCAGUUAUUUCAGAAUAUUCCGGAGUGGGCGGAGGCUACGAUAUUGGCCGCAAGAAGCGCAAUGCUGGAAGACGAAAUGAUGAAGAUGACAGCGAAGAAGAAGUGGAAGACAGUGAGGAAGACUUAACCGACGAAUCACCCGAGGAUCUUAAACUGGAAUUUGAAGCAGCUCGCACCAAUGCCAACGCUUAUCUCUACAUGGCUGCCCAAUUUGACGAACAAUCUUGCGGUCGCCGAUUGAUGUGUGAAGUCUACCAGAAACCCCAAGGAAGUCGCACCGAUGACGAGCUUAUUUUACAAGACAUUUUCGGUUAUCCACUGGCCCCAUUGAGUGAAGAAGACCAAGGUACCCCGAAGGAAAUGUAUUACAGAGCUGCUCAACUUGGUACCUCCCACCAAGGCCGUCCCAACAGUCAGAUCUGCGCCCGUGUUUAUGCAACUUGCCCUCACAAUGCCGAGCAGCUGAUCCACUUCUUCGUCAGCGAGGAUGUCGAAACCAAUGAAAUUGAUUCGGAUAACCGCCCAGUUUCUCAUCUGCAGCCUCCCAAGCAAUCCGCCGCCCGUCUUCCCUUCUACCAUCCUCGCCAACCCAACAUUUCACCUGCCCAACAAUGGAAGCCGGCUGUUGUCAGGCCUGCUGUUAGUAAACCACAACCCCAAACAACUAAGCCGACCCAAGAGCAAGUUAGGCGACCAACAGUUGCUGUAACUCCGGUUGCACCUCUGCGCAAAAGAUUUAUCACGGCACCAGCUGCCUAAAUGGCCAAACACGGAAGCCAUCAUAUGACAAUAUACAUUCCAUUGCAUGGACUGUCGAUCAGCCCGAGCUGAUUUAUCACUUGACAUACAAUUUUGUUUUUCAUUCAGAUGAAUCUAUGAAAAUGUUUUUUUCAAACAAAUGAAGUUUAAUUAUGUACUAUGAUACCCGGAAUGUGCAAUACACAAUUGUACGAAACUAA